GCCUGCGCCAGCCUGCGUCAUGCCAGUCCUCGACUUGCCAUGCUGCUGCGCUCGCUUCUCGUCGCGAGCGUGGCCAUCGCGUCGUCCUCUCCGGCCUCGUCAUGCGAUGGCAUCGAGGCCAUGCACCGCAACGUCCUCGGCGGCGCGCUCGCCGUGCAGGUCCGCGUCAAUAACGCGUCCGUGUGCUUCCGCCUCUCGUACAAUGGCGAUGGCGCCGACUGGAUCUCGCUCGGCCUCAGCAGCUCCCAGUACAUGGUCAACAACCCACCCAACAACGCCGUCAUCUACGACGCCAAGAAGAACAACGCUGACGUGUAUGUGCUCGGAGGCUACAGCAACAACCACAUGGAGCGACAAACGUCGCCGUCGUCCAUGACGAUUCGGUCAUCGUCGGCCGUCAAUGGCGAGCUCGCAGUCACGUACGAGCACAAGUUUGACGCUGUCUCGACCAACGACGUGCCCAUCGACCUGGUCAACGGCAACAACAUUCUUCUCUGGGCCUAUGGUAAAGGCUUUCCAUCGUACCACGAUGACCAAGGCGCUCAGAGCAUCCACAUCACCAUCCCCUCCGACGACGACAACGCUGCGUCCAACGGCUCGAAAGCGGCCCUUCAGAUGAGCGCGUCGUUGGCGGCGAUCCCGAUGGCCACGUACCAAGUCGUGCUCGGUGCGAUCGGGUUCUUUGGGUUGCUCGGGCUGGCGACCGCGCGCUCGAGUCUGUCACCGCUCUUGAGAAGCUCGCUGCUUGCACCGCCCGCGCAUCGCUCGUCGUCGAUCGCCACCAGUUUGCAUCAAGCACUCGCCGACCUCAGCGUGGGCCAAGCGACCCUUGUCGGCUUGUAUGUCAUGCUCAUCGGAAUCACAAUCAGUGUCGUGCUUCCGACUGUGCGGUCGCUCUCGGGUGGCCGCGCAGCGAGUGUCAUUUUUGGUCAUUUGAGCACGUUGCACUUGGCGUUUCUCUUGCUGCCGUCGGCGCGCGGCGGUCACUGGGGCUUUCUCUUUGGCGUCACGCACACGCGGUUGGUGACGUUUCACAAGUGGCUAGGAAGUCUCUUCCUCGUCUCGCUUCUCGGGCACUUUGUCUUGAACGUUGCGACGCUCGACUGGAGUGUCCUCUCGUCCUUGCAGCCGUUUGGCGCGCAAAAGGUGCUGCCCGCCUACGGUCUCUACGCCGGACUUGUGUUUGUCCUCAUGGGUCUUCUGGCGCUGCCAUUCGUCCGCCAAAGGACGUUUGAGCUCUUCUAUUUUGUCCACCGUCUCGGGUCCCUCCUCGGCAUUGUAUUUGUGUGCUUGCAUGCAACUGCGAUCUGGCAAGCGCUCGUCGCACCGCUCGUGCUCUACCUCGCGACGCUGGUUGCGAUUCGGUCCCGUGCAUUUUGGCAGCGGUUUUCCGCCCACGUGACGGCGACGACGUCAUCGACAGUGCUGCUCGAGCUACCGUCGACCAAGCUCUCGAACGCCUGGCACCAACAACUCGGGCCGUGCACGUACUUUUACCUCUGCGUCCCGAGCGUCUCGAGAGUCGAGUGGCAUCCAUUCUCGGCCAUGACGUCGCCGCACACGGGCCACGUCGCGUUCUGCAUGAAGAGCCGAUCGCCGGGCAGCUUCACCGACCGCGUCCUCGACCUCGCACGCAAGGAGACGACACUCGAUGUGCUUGUCGGUGGCCCGUACGGCCGGCCGAGCGUCGAUCUCGCGCUCUACGAUCGCGUGCUACUGUUUGCAGGCGGCAUUGGCAUCACGCCCAUGGCGCACAUCCUCAACAGCACGCUGCAGACGCACAGCAGCAUCGAAUGCCACCUCUGCUGGGUCGUGCGCGAGCCCGAGGCGCUCCUGAGUGUCGCCCCCGUGCUCUUCCCGCUUCGCGUCGCCGCCGACCUCUUUGUGAGCAGCGCCACCGACGAUGGCCACGUCAAGACCGUCACGGGCGAGAUGGUCGGGUACGCAGCCGGCCGGCCGGACGUUCGGGACGAGAUGAAGCGGUUUGAAGGGCGAACCUGCGUGCUCGCGUGCGGCCCCGAGUCGUUUGUGCACGACGUGCAGGUCGCUGCCCACCUCUACGGGUUUGACUUUCACAAGGAACUCUUUUGCUAGCUUCAACCCUAACCCUAAACCCUUGAUCUUUUAUUCCAUUUUGGAUCCUCAUGAUGCAAACGACGG